GUCAGCUUUCAGUCAUAAAUCUUCAAUCAACCCAAAAGCAUCGCAGAAAUGAUCGCUCUCGGGCUUUUACUGGUUCUCCUUCUACUCUUAUUGUUGUACGAAUUUUAUCUGCGUUCUCUGCCGAGCUACCGAGCGGCUGGCCAAUUUCCCGGCUACCCGAUUUAUCCGGUUGUGCAGAACGUGUUUGUAGCGCUGUUCAAAAGUCAAACGGAAGCAUUCAAAAAAGCGAGAUCAUGGGCGCUAGAACACAACGGACAAAGUUACCGCUUCCUGAUCCGAGGUGUUCUGAUAAUUCAAGCGAUCCACCAUAAGGAGGUCGAGAUGCUGUUAUCCAGUUCGAGGCUAACUCGUAAAAGUCCACUGUAUAAAUUAACCUUCCCAUUCAUUGGCAAAGGCUUGCUCAACAGUAGUGGAAGCAAAUGGCACCACCGGAGAAGGAUUCUAACGCCUACGUUCCAUUUCAACAUAUUACAAAGUUUCUUACAAACUUUUCAUGAUGAGUGUGCAAAACUGAAUGCGCAGUUGAGCAGAGCUGCUGAUAAUGGUGCCGCUACAGAGCUGCAGCCAUUAUCAACAGAAGUGACGCUGAACACGAUUUGUGAGACAGCCAUGGGUGUAAAGUUGGAUUCCACGGAUACGGCCGAUAUAUACAAAAACAACAUUCGAAAGGUCGGGAAGAUAAUUCAGGAUCGGGUAAUGAAUCCGUUACUGUUCGAAGACUCAAUUUACAAAGCUUUCGGGUAUCAAGCUCAAUUUGAUGAGGUCCUAAAGCCUAUACAUCAGUUUACCGAGAAUAUUAUCAAACAGCGAAGAGAUUUAUUUCACUUUAAUGUUCAGAGCAUUGAAGAUCUAUCUGAGGAAAAUAUAUAUACUAAUAUCAAGCAGAGAUAUGCCAUGCUGGAUAGUUUGCUGCUAGCGGAGGCUAAGAACGAAAUCGAUGCCAAUGGAAUAAGAGAGGAAGUCAACACAUUUACUUUCGAAGGACACGACACUACUGCCAGUGCCUUUGUCUUUAUAUUUCUGCUAUUAGCUACAAACGAAAACGUUCAAGAGCGUGUGUAUGAAGAAUUGACGGCUAUUCUCAAAAACCGACCGGAACCGAACGAACCGCUAACACUGCACGAUUAUAGCAACCUCAAAUACAUGGAGCGAGUCAUCAAGGAAUGUCUUCGCAUAUAUCCCCCGGUUCCUUUCAUAUCGCGCGAAAUCACCGAGGAUGUUCACUACGAUGGUAAAACCAUUCCGAGGGGUUCGAUAAUGAACAUCGAAAUCUACGAUCUGCACCGGGAUAGCAGCCAAUUUCCCGACCCGGAACGUUUCGAUCCGGAUCGUUUCCUGCCAGAGGAAGUGGUCAAACGAAAUCCGUACGCAUACAUUCCGUUCAGUGCUGGGCCGAGAAACUGUAUAGGUCAGCGCUUCGCAAUGCUUGAAUUGAAAGCAAUCAUAUGCUCAGUUCUACGGGAGUACCGCAUUCUACCCGUUACCAAACGAGAGGACAUCGUGUUUAUUGGCGAUAUGGUUCUAAGGGCCAGAGAUCCCAUCACAGUCAAAAUUGUGCGUCGAACUGUUCAGAAUUAAUACAUCGCCACAAGAGGAAUUCUCACAUGUUCUACUUCUUCGAGAGUUCGUUCGAUAACCUACUUAGCUUUAUAUUGAGGAUUUAUCGUAAUGCUGUGGUUUGAAAAAUAUCUAAGGUUAUCUCAAUAAAAGAUAAAAAAAUAUACUUGCCGAUUAUACUACUAUUUUUGCUGCUGCUGCUGCUGGAUGUUUCCUACUGGCUGUGCGUUACCACUGUUAUGUUGUCCUGGUUGCCCAGCAGUCGGACCAACUGCGGCCGACUGAGUGUGGCCUGUCUGCCCGACACUAGCCUGAGUACCAGAAUCGGUGCUCUGCUGAUCGACACCAAUUUCAUCGACGUUCAGACGGGUGAUGAAACGUAAUCGCAUUUGCAGCACCGGGCGUAACCGACGGAUUAUCGUUUCCAGCUCCGAUUUCAUGAGAUCACCAACAAACAUGUACUUGAUGUGGUAAAGCAGAUCGCAAAUCGGAUCCAUAUACUUCAGAGGAACUGACGAUUGAGCCUUGUCCACCUGCUCGAGUAGUUCGUAUAGAACCAAAGUGAUGUCUGAGACAGCUCGCGGUCGCUCGGUGCUCAACCGAUUCAGAAAAGGACCCACAACAUGACAAAGGUAUAUGAGUUGAUACUCAGUUUUGAUUAUGGGUUUAAACUUUUCCUUAAUGUAGCUGAAAUUAAGAAAUGAUUGUUAAUUGCAAUAUUCUUCACUCUAACCGCAACAACUCACUCAGUGACAGUGGAAAUUUGCCCAAUUCCGCUGUGAUGUAAAAUACUUUGCGCGAUCGCCAGUAUAACCACGUAGCUUCUUUCUAGCAUCGCUUCUGUAACAAUUUUAAAGUUGAACAAAUCGAACGGACUCUGUCGGUAGGUCCACUCCGUGAGCUGACUGGAGCUAAUAACAUCUCUCAGUCGUUCGUAGAUUACACUCCAGUAGGACUCCGGCAGGGCAGCCAUUAUCAAUCCGAUCGUAUUGAUCCAAUUGUGUACGCUUUGGUACGGUAUGACCGGGUAACCCUUCACCACGACGUCGAUGAGACAGUUCGCUACGGUUUGUGGUACCACCGGGAGACCGAGCAGUUCGACACAGCUCACGUACAACGCGUGAGCCGGUGGGUUUGGAAAUUCGUUGAAGCGCCAAUCGGUUCCCGAGAAUACGUUACUGCCAUCAAUUGCUGAAGAGAAGCGAAUCUUGUCAAGGAAAUUUACUGAUUGAGGAAUCUAAAUAAAAAAAAGAAGACGAAUGAUCUUUUUUUAAAAGGAUACUGUCCUGCAUGCGGCGGACCAAAUGAAUGUAAUAGGUUAGCUCCGGUAUCCAUGUGAUGGUUUCGUCCUUCUUAAGCAUAUACGAUUGAUACUGCUCCGUUAGGGCCCAAUUAUCUGGGCGCACAUCUUUAAGUGAACCGAUUACGGUACCGACCUACGAACAAAAAGUGAUAACGCUAUAAGAGACAACACAGUACGGUACGAAACAUUUACCAAUCGUUUUUUGAGCUGCGGUCUGUCGCGCAACCUUCUCUCGUAGUAAUGUAACGUAUUGUACAGAUACGUUAUUGGUCUAUCGUGAAACUUGUACAGUGACCCCAGGUGGUCCAGUAAAACGUCCAGCGUCUUGCUCAUAGUUGGAGGUACCUCCAAAUACCGAUGAAUGGUGAUAUCCAAAA